AUGCCAGCACCAACAGCACUCAAGAAACUUGAUCAGACAACAACGGCCGGCGCGCCUGUCACUCCCGCUGUUAUAGAUGACGAAGUUCUAAUUGAUGCUCAGACAUCAACGGAGGAAAGUGUACCGGUGUUCGCCGCCGCAGACGAAAAUGCCCAAGACACCGACAUGUGCAUUGAUGAGGAAGGUCGGCCAGUUUUUACGCCAGCAAAGGAUACCAAUACUGUAUAUCGAGUAGAAACUCGGAAGGUGCCUGUUCCUCCUCAUCGGUUUUCACCUCUCAAGGCCUCCUGGAGUAGAAUAUACCCCCCACUGGUUGAGCACCUCAAGCUACAGGUGCGCAUGAAUAUCAAAAGCAGGGCGGUCGAGCUACGUACUUCUAAAUUCACCACCGACACGGGCGCACUACAAAAGGGCGAAGAUUUCGUCAAAGCCUUUACACUUGGGUUCGAUGUUGACGAUGCUAUUGCAUUACUUAGAUUGGAUGACCUCUAUAUCCGAUCAUUUGAGAUCCGUGAUGUUAAAGCAUCGCUCCAUGGAGAACAUCUUAGCCGUGCUAUUGGACGGAUUGCAGGCAAAGACGGCAAACUUAAGCACUCAAUAGAAAAUGCCACUCGUACUAGGAUUGUCCUCGCAGAUCAAAAAAUACACCUAUUGGGUGGCUAUCGCAAUAUCUUGGUUGCACAAGAAGCUGUUGUCAGCUUGAUUCUCGGAAGUCCACCGGGCAAGGUAUAUGGUAACUUGCGCAAAGUGGCAUCACGCAUGAAAGAGCGCUUUUAA